AUGGCUGCUGAAAACCCGCAACUUCUCCGUCUCCUCGGCACACUCGUGUGGCUCCUGUCCCUGACCGGACUUGCCAUGGCUUCGAGCCCUCCCACCGGUGUCGCAAUCAGCAGCAUCACCUACGGCGGAUCGGGCUGCCCUCAAGGCACCGUCGGCACCUCGAUUGCAAGCGACAGCACCUCCUUUACCCUCAUUUACGAUCAGUUUGUGGCCUCUGCCGGACCCAGCAGCACCAUCACCGAUAGCCGCAAGUUUUGCCAGAUCUCUUUGGGGAUCCAUGUACCUCCCGGAUGGCAGUUCUCCAUCCUGACGGUGGACUACCGUGGAUUUGUACAGUUGCCAGCCAGCGGCACCGCAAGCGAGUCAGGAUUCUACUACUUCCAAGGUAGAGGCAACCAGGCACCGUUCUCGGUCGACUUCACGGGCCCGAUCUCCAAGAACUACCUCAAGAGAGCGUACGACGCCGUGCCGACCCAAAACUUGAACUGGUCUGAUUGCGGCCAGUCCACCGUAGUCAACAUUCAGAAUUCUGUGCUGAUCCAUGUUGACCCUGCUUCGGGGGACUCUGGCCUGAUCACCACCGAUUCUACAGACGGGAAAGUUACGCAAGUGUUUGGACUAAACUGGAACCAAUGCUGA